GCAGACAAGACGAGCAACCAUCCGCGGUUGUCCAAGCUCGUCUGGAAGAAAGGGACGGUCUUCACGUACGCGGCCUACUGCCAGGCGAUGGCCGAGGCGGACGCGAAGGAGACGAUGAAGAACGCCGAGGUCAUCCUCGCGCGCCCUGACCAGGUCAACGCGGUGCGGGACCUGGCGUCGGCGCAGCAGUGGAACGCUAACGUGGGCAUCUUGGUACAGGUCGGGGGCAAGCCGGGCGAGAAGCCGCAGGACUGCCCCACUGCCGUGAUGAAGUGGCUCCAGGGCCUGCCACUGAGCCUGGGCGGCGUGAAGAUGACCCGAGCACAGGGUGCAGUCGCCAAUAAGAACAACGCGACCGAAGAGCUCGUCACGCUCAGGGUGACGAUGGUCCAGCGGUUUGCGUCGGAGCCCGCAUGGAAGACCUCCAUGCUGUGUGCGUUCCACAGCUUAUGGAAUACAGCAGGGGUGACCCGGACGUACGGGUUCAGGAUUCUGGAGAGCGCGGAUGACAAGGCCCGCACGUGCUUCGCGACAGUCCAGAAAUCCAAAGCCGCAGCCAUCCUAGCACAGAGUGGCAAAGCCGGCACUUUCGCAGAACAGCUCGUGUGCCAGCACGGGCGUGCAGUCGUCGAGUGGCAGAUGCAGGAGGACGGGGAGGGGCCGGUCGCCUACCUGGAGCGGGCCACAAUGCUCCGCCCGCGGUGGGGCCGCCGGGGCUGGGUAUUCAAGAUGGUUCCCCCUGCGGGGGCCCACCUGCAGAACACUUGCGAGCUGCGCGACUCCACCGUGGUGAAGAUCUGCAGAGAAGUGCGCCGGCAGGCUGGGAUGGAGGCGCGCCCCAUAUCGGCGAAACCAGGAUUCGUGCGCUCAGACCUGGUGGAGGCCGGAAAGAAGCGUGAGGAGAAGGCGGCGAAGGCCGAACCCUGGAAGGCGCAGGAGCUGGCGGCAGGCACGCAGGAGACAACAGGAGGCGCAGCUCCUGGCGAAGGAAAGCGGCAGCAGCAGGCAGCAGCAGGGACUGAACCUGGCGCCAAGAAGGCCGAAGGAAUAGUGCCCGACAAGGUCCUCGGGUACAAGUCGUGGGACCUCGGCGGCUGCGGGGGCUGCUUCUACCGCGCGGUUGGGGCAGCCAAGGCGUUGCUCGAAGGCGAGACCCAGGAGGCGAUCGAGAAGAACGCCGAGGGCAUCGGGGCCAAGCUGCGCGCGGAAACCGCAGGGCUAAUCCGCGCGCACAAACUGUGGCAGGACUCGUGUUUCAAGGGCGACAAUGCCACGCCUCAGAAGGAAGGCGGCCCGGUCCCGGACACUUGGGACAGCUGGGUCACCGCGAAUGCGCGGAAGGGCGGGUGGGUGGACGAGCGCGCAGCGUCGGCGCUCUGCCUGAGACUCGAGAGGCGGGUGGUCGUAUUCCUGUGGCAGGCGGGGGAAUGGCAGAAGGCGUGGGUGUUCAAACCCCCCGUUUGCGCCGGCCUCGAAAGGAAGAGGGCCAAGGCCAUGAAGGCGGCGCCUCUCCCAGUGUGCCUGAAGGACGAACACUAUUUCGCCCUCGCGCCGGGCGUCGCGAAGGCAGAAUGGCCCAUUGAGCGGGGGGAAGAGCCUGAGGAAGAGGUCAGCAAGCAGCUGUGCCGAGGAGCAGGCGACGGCGCAGACGACGGCGACCAAGGGUCGAACCUGCACGGGUGGUUCCAGAGCGACCGCCAGUCGGUCACCAUCGCGGCCCGCGGCCGAGCAGUGCAGCAGCCGCAG